CGCGGCGCUCCAGGCAGACCGAGGGACAGGCUGCAGCGGGCCCGGCCGAAGGGGCCCGGGCCCGAUCUCCGAGCCAAGAUCCGCGGGAAGCUGCCCCGUCUGACGCUCGGCGGCUCGGCGGCUCGGCUGGCUCGAGGCCUCUUUGCGAGGGACUGGGGGGGGGGGGCCGUCCCCCUCCAGGGCGGAGGCCGGAGGCUGCAGGUAGCUGCCAAGCAUGGCGCCUGCCUGGGGUCCCGGCGUGGCAUCUGUGGUUGGUCCCAUCGGCCUCCUCGUGGUCCUGCUGGUCGGAGGCUGCGCAGCAGAAGAGCCCCCCAGGUUCAUCAAAGAACCCAAGGACCAGAUUGGUGUGUCGGGGGGUGUGGCCUCCUUCGUGUGUCAGGCCACGGGCGACCCCAAGCCACGGGUGACCUGGAACAAGAAAGGCAAGAAGGUCAAUUCCCAGCGCUUUGAGACAAUCGAGUUUGACCAGAGUGCGGGGGCCGUGCUAAGGAUCCAGCCACUCCGGACCCCCCGGGAUGAGAACGUGUACGAGUGCGUGGCCCAGAACUCCGUCGGGGAGGUCACGGUGCAUGCCAAGCUCACUGUCCUCCGAGGUACUGGGCUCCCUGGGGAACUUCCAAGGGUUUCAGGAACUCUGUGCCAGAAACAGGACAAAGACAAAUUUCUAUUUCUUAUUAUAAAUCACAAUAUCACAAUGACCUUUAUCACAGCACUUGGUCCACUGCAGUAUAAGAAUAAGUUAUGGGACCGUGAGCUUCUCAACUGUGCAUUCCCAGAGCCCAGCACAGCACCUGACAUGUAG